AUGGCUAAAGAUGCGAAAAAGCGCUUGCUUGAAUAUAAUAAGCUGAGGGAAUCGAGAUGCUUGAUAGAAGGAAAUAAUGAAACUUGUUGGCUCAGGCCCCAGAAAAAACAUUAUCCUCAAAGUAAUCGAGCUUCAGUAGAGAACUACAAGGAAGAAAAAAAGGAGUAUGACAGUGGCAGGACAUCCUGGAUAAAAAUAACUCCUCUUAAUAAAGAAAAACGGCAUUUUCCUGAAAAAAACAAUGCAAUUUUUGGAUGA